AUGCUCAAUGAUGCUGAGAAGAGACAACUGACGGACGCAGCUGUGAAGCUUUGGUUGGAUCAGCUCAGAGAUGUGUACUACAUGAUGGAUGACGUGUUGGACAAGUGGAACACUACAAGGAUCAAAUCAGAAAUUCAAAAAGAAGAAGAAAGAGCUUUUACAAAUAACAAUCCUGCUGCCCUGAAGAAGAAGAAGGUACCAUGCUCAUUUUUACCCGCUCUGUCAUGUUGUUUUCGUCAUAUAGAUAACCUUUCUCUGCGUCGUGAGAUUGGUCACAAAGUAGAAAACCUGAAACAAACAUUAGAUAACAUUAUCAGAGACAAAAAGGCGUAUGGGUUUGACUUGACUAGCCAUUCACAUGUAGAAGUAUUUAAGCGACCAAUUACCACAUCCUUAGUGGAAGUGUUUGAUAUAAUUGGUCGUGAUAACUAUAGGGAUGAACUGUUGAGCAACUUGUUAGGCGUGGGUAGCCAGGAAGAAAGUAAUCCUCGUGUUAUCUCCUUAGUGGGCAUGGGCGGUAUGGGAAAAUCUACUCUUGCCCAAUUAGUCUACAAUCAUCCCGAAUUGGAAGCCCAUUUUCAUGAAAGAAUGUGGGUUUGUGUCUCUAAUACUUUUGAUCAGUGCAAGGUUGCCAAAGCAAUCAUUCAGGAAGUUAAACAUGAAUUAUCCCUCAAUGAAGUUACUGAAUUUGAAACUCUAUUGUGUGAAAUUCAUGAUUUAAUUAGAGAGAAGAAAUUCUUUCUUGUCUUAGAUGAUGUGUGGACUGAAGACUUUACAAAGUGGGAGCCAUUUAGAAAUGUACUCAAAUGUGGUGCCCAAGGCAGUAGAAUUCUAGUCACCACACGUAAAAACAGUGUUGCGGAGAUGAUGGCGAGUUCCUACACGAUCAAUUUGAGGGAAUUGUCCCUCAAUGACUGUUUGUUGAUAUUUAGUAGAAUAGCGUUUUCUAACACUAGUCCAAGUAGAUGUCGCUAUGAAAAAGAGUUAUGCAGAGAACUAGUAAAUAAGUGCAAAGGCUUGCCGCUCACUGUACAAACUCUUGGGUGUCUCAUGCGUGGCAAAAGAAGUAGAGCAGAGUGGGAGAUGGUUUUGCACAAUAGUUUGUGGGAAUUAGAAGAUAUUGAAAAAGGUCAUUUUGAACCAUUGCUGUUGAGUUAUAAUGAAUUGUCAUUGUUAGAAAAACAAUGUUUCUUAUUUUGUGCUGUCUUCCCGAAAGAUCAUUUAUUCGAUAAGCUUGAGUUAAUCAUCAAUUGGAUGGCACAAGGAUAUAUCGACUCAAAAGAAAUUAUGAAGAUGGAAGACAUAGUGGAAGAGUACUUUGUAAAAUUAGCCGUGUGCUCUUUUUUCCAUGAUUUUGAGCAAGAUGAGAAUGAUGGUAGAAUUAAAAGUUGCAAAAUGCAUAAUGUUGUUCAUGAAUUUGCAAAGUCAAUGACAAAAGAUGUGCUCUUCACAAUCAAUUGUGAUGACAAGGUUGAGAAAAACUUUAAAAGGGCUCAGCAAUUGUCAUUAAUAGUUAAAGAAACAGUUCAUAAGUCUGUUUAUGAUGCAAAAAAAUUUACGCUUUCUCAAUUUGAAUAUUUUGUCUUCUGA